AUGGAAACCACAUAUCGGGUGUUAAUACAGCAAAAAUGGGAGAAGUUUGCUGGAACAGUAGAUAAUAUCAAGGAUACUGAACAGAAAUCAUCUAACGAGGAAUUGGAUAUUGCGCUGAAGGAAUGUGGCUUCGGUCUCUUCCACGUGAUGCUUCUACUCGCCUCACUCAUCGGUUUUAUAGCCGGCACAAGUGUGAGCAACACGACACCGUACAUACUACCCAUUGCCGAGUGCGACCUCGACAUGAAUCUGUUGGAAAAGGGUUUCUUGAAUGCAAUACCUUUUGUUGGACAGACCCGCACUACACGCUGUGGUGCUAGCCGAGGGUCAAAUGCGGGUCCCUACGAUGAUGUGUAUCCAUAUUUCGCUAACAAGGGUCACGGAUAUGUUACGUUC